AUGCAGUUCAAGGUUCUCCCCGCUCUCGUCGCCAUCCUCUCGGCCUCUGCCGUCACAGCUCAGAUCACGGCCAAGGUGGUCGUCACCAGCAUCGACGACAUCACCGAUCUCUCCCAGGACGCCACCGACGUCGCUCAGAGCAUCAGCAGCAACCCCUUUUCCCUCCCCUCUGCCUUCCUGAGACUCGCCAACAGCUUCGGUGGCAUCGUCACCACCGCCACCAAGACUGUCACUGCCCUGGAAGGAGACAUGCCCAAGGAUGACUUCGCCAAGGACGACCAGUCCGCCAUCUGCGACGCCCUCACGAGCUUCGUCAAGGUCCACCAGAACCUCCUCGAGAUUGUCAUCGGCAAGGCUGGCCUGCUGACGAUUGUGCCUUUUGUCGGCCAGCCCGUCGCUGCCGUCCUCCGGGCCCUGGAGGGCGUUGUCGACACCCUCGCUGGUGAUAUCAUCUCGCUCGUGCCUACUUGUGCGAAGGGUGCCAAGAUGGACAUUGACAUGUUGCAAGGCACCCUCGAGAAGGCCAUCAGCGCUUACAGCAACUAA